AUGGGGUCGCUGGCGGGCCACAACUGGGCGUUCGUCUUCCUGUUCCCGAUCGGGAUCCGACGGCUGUGGUCGUCCCUCAGCCUCCACGCGCGAUCCCCGCCACCAUCGUUCCGGUCACGGCCGUGGUACCUCUCGCCGGACCACAACCUCCGCAACGCCGACCUCUACGCUCUCCUCCUCGCCCUCCCCGUCGCCGCCAUCGCCAACCUCCUCGUCGCCGCCCCUCUCCGCGCCGCCGCCGCCGCCCUCUUCUGGCUCCUCCUCAUCCUUCUCCCCCUCGCCCCCCGCCUCCCCCUCCCCGACGAGCUCGCCUUCCUCCUCGCAGCCCUCGCCUUCCUCGCCGACCUCGCCCUCUCCCCCAUCUCACCCUCCGCUCCCGCCCUAGACGCCCGCGCCCGCGACCUCUCCUCCCUGCCAACCCUCGUCUGUGCCGCCGCCUGCCUCGCCCUCGCCGCCCGCCCGGCUGCGAUCGCAGCCGACGUCGCCCUUUCGCUCGGAAUCGCGUUCAAGGGGUCCUGGGCGCUGCAGGCCGGGCUGGCGCUCUUCGCCCUGCCGCCCCGCGGGUGCCUCCGCGCCGCCGCCGGCCUGGAGUGCGAGCUGGAGGAGGACCGGUUGAGGGGGGUAGCGCUCUUGGACUUGCUCUUCGCCGGCAACGCCGUGGGGAUCGCCGCCGCCUGCGUGGGGAUCUUCUGGGCGGUGACAAGGUCCAUCAAUCGGUCGGCGGAAGCCGAAGCGAUGAUGGCAUGGCUCAUGAUGAACCCGCCUGAUCUUGAGCUGGACUGA